CCAUCCCCGCCCGACGGGAGCGGGGCUGAGGCGGGUGCGGGCCGCCUCGGCCCCGCGGGACUUAUGUAAAUCGGGGUUUGCGUUCUCCCGUGCUAGGUAGGACGGACCUGCCCCCCUGCCUCUGCCCUCAUGGCCAAUAAGAAGAGCCCCGGCUUGACACCUGCCUAUAUACAGAGCGCGGCAGCACAUCUUCCGCGCUGCUCCUUGGGGGGGAGGAAAAAAAAAAGAAAAGAAGAGAAAAGAAAGAGAAAGCCCAGGUCAGCCGCGGGGAGGGGGCGGGGGUGCUAUAAACCCCCCCAAGACCAUGACGUCCAGUAAGAUCGAGAUGCCAGGAGAGGUGAAGGCAGACCCCGCCGCUCUGAUGGCAUCUCUGCAUCUGCUGCCGGCCCCCGCUCUCAACCUGGAGAUCAAACACACCAAGAUUUUCAUAAAUAAUGAGUGGCAAAAUUCUGAAAGUGGGAGAAUAUUCCCUGUGUAUAACCCAGCCACAGGAGAGCAGAUCUGUGAGAUCCAGGAAGCUGACAAGGUUGAUGCAGACAAAGCGGUGAGGGCAGCACGCCUUGCUUUCUCUCUAGGCUCAGUGUGGAGGAGAAUGGAUGCAUCUGAAAGAGGCCAUCUCUUGGAUAAGCUGGCAGAUUUGGUUGAAAGAGACAGGGCAAUUCUUGCUACCAUGGAAUCGCUGAACAGUGGCAAACCCUUUCUUCAGGCUUUCUAUGUAGAUCUUCAAGGAGUCAUAAAAACCUUGCGGUAUUAUGCAGGUUGGGCAGACAAGAUUCAUGGAAUGACCAUUCCUGUAGAUGGAGAUUAUUUUACGUUUACAAGACAUGAACCCAUCGGAGUGUGUGGACAGAUCAUCCCUUGGAACUUCCCCCUGCUGAUGUUUGCGUGGAAGAUUGCUCCAGCUCUGUGUUGUGGCAAUACAGUAGUUAUUAAACCAGCAGAGCAAACACCACUCAGUGCUCUCUAUAUGGGAGCCCUCAUCAAGGAGGCUGGCUUUCCACCAGGAGUAGUCAAUAUUUUGCCAGGAUUUGGUCCAAUUGUUGGUGCAGCAAUAGCUUCUCAUGUUGGCAUAGAUAAAAUUGCUUUUACUGGAUCUACUGAGGUUGGGAAGCUGAUCCAAGAAGCAGCUGGACGGAGUAAUUUGAAGAGAGUUACUCUGGAGUUGGGGGGGAAGAGCCCAAACAUUAUUUUUGCAGAUGCUGAUUUGGACUAUGCUGUGGAACAAGCUCACCAGGGGGUUUUCUUCAAUCAAGGCCAGUGUUGCACUGCUGGAUCACGGAUUUAUGUGGAAGAAUCGAUCUAUGAAGAGUUUGUCAGAAGAAGCGUUGAGCGUGCCAAGAGGAGAGUAGUAGGGAGUCCUUUUGACCCAACUACAGAACAAGGUCCACAGAUUGAUAAGAAACAGUACAACAAGAUCCUGGAACUUAUCCAAAGUGGAAUUACUGAAGGUGCAAAACUCGAAUGUGGGGGUAAAGGAUUAGGACGAAAGGGCUUCUUCAUUGAACCUACAGUGUUUUCCAAUGUAACAGAUGACAUGCGGAUUGCCAAGGAAGAGAUCUUUGGGCCUGUUCAAGAAAUACUGAGGUUUAAAACUAUGGAUGAAGUCAUAGAAAGAGCCAACAACUCCGAUUUUGGAUUGGUAGCUGCUGUCUUUACAAAUGACAUAAACAAGGCUCUGACAGUCUCAUCAGCAAUGCAAGCUGGGACAGUCUGGAUAAAUUGUUACAAUGCCUUAAAUGCCCAGAGUCCUUUUGGAGGGUUUAAAAUGUCUGGCAAUGGGAGAGAAAUGGGUGAAUGUGGACUGAGAGAAUAUUCUGAAAUUAAAACUGUGACAAUAAAGAUUCCUCAAAAGAAUUCCUAAGAAGACAAACACCGUGUUGUGCAGGACAGCACAUGAUGCCACCCUUUGUAUUCCUUUGGGGACCAGCACUCAGGAAUAAAAGCAUUACACAGUAUAUAUUUAAGAAAUUAAGAUACAACAUAUAUAACAGGCACAUAAUUGCAUAAAUAAUGCAAAGUAACUUUGUGUGGUUUCAUAGCACUCCACUGAGAACGUUUUUCCCUAAAUCAUAUGCCAAGAGCUAAAAUUGUGAUUGAAGACUACAUAAGAAGUGUUCCAGUUAUAAAACUGUUACACACCCAAAUACACGCACACUUUUUUCUCUAUAAAAAAGGCAAGUUGUUUUAAAAUCGCCUUCUCAGAUAGGGCAGCCUUGGCUGAGAUUCUUAUUCUAUAUGGGACUUUGGGCCCACAGUUCUAACAGUGAGCAAUUUACCAAGUCUUAUGGCUGUUCGUUAAAAGCCAAAAAUGAAAUAUUUUGAAUUGGAGCCAGCCAAUAUUGGUACGCUGGCAACUUUCCAACUAGCAUGAUAUUGUGAAGGGGUCAGGCUGGGGGGAGCUACAUUUUUAUAUAGUUUAUGGCAAUCUGAAAGGAUACUUAUCAGUGAGAUUUGGUUUCUGUUGAACACACAAGCCUUCUGAUUUUUCACAGCUUAUCCUAAUAAAUGUUUUACAUCUUUUCUAUAUAAAAUCAUCCCUCACUUAGAAUGUUCAAAUUUUUUUUUUACCUGCCUGCCAAAAGAGCAUGUGGGGGGGGGGGGGGGUGCGGGGAGGUGUUGAGGAUGGUGGAAAGGGAUCCCAAAGGCUUUACAGAAGUAUUUCAGCUUUUAUUAUUUGCCUAGCUUUUAUUUUUAAUGAAAUAUCUGCAUAGACAGACUCUGCAGGAUCCUCAGCCAGCAACCCGCUCGUGAUUACAGCAGAUGUUUCUACUUUAGCCAGCUGGGAAAUUGUGACAUGUAUUCAUUAAUGUUGGAAGAACUUGGCAAAAACCUUCCUGACAGGCGAGUUUGCUUGAUUUUAUGUUUUCUUAUGAAAAGAAGGCUUGCUGUCCUCCCUAUGCUUGCAAGCCCAAGGAGAGCUUAAUUGCUGCUACUGUACUUUCUAGUUAUACCCACUCUUGUUCUAACACAGCAUCAAAACAAGAGCAGGCCUGUUGAAGAGUGAGACUUUUACAAUACAGUGUCACACCAGUCCCUGCCUAUGGAAUCCCUCCUGCUCCCCCUUCUGCAGUCUUUUCUUCUUUCCAGCUGCAGACUUUACUCAGUCUCCAGUUUCCCAUUUGUUUGCUUGCUUGCUUUUUGUUUUGUUAAUUUAGAAUAAGAACAUUUAUUUAAAAGUGCAGCAAAUAGUCUACUGUACCUAUAUUACACGGAGUGUAAGGACAGAAUUAUAGCUUCAUGUGUUUAUCAGUUUCUGCUUUCUAACCAUAUGCUCCGUACUUCAAGGUGCUGCGCGCUGUAGGCCUAAUUCAACACACCGUUCGGAAUGUGCUCACCUUUUUUGACUUGUCAACUUCAGAGGGAUUACUUGUGUAUUUGAAGUUAAAUAUCCUUAAAUGUUUUGUUGGAUCAGGGCCUUAGAGUGCUCUCAGCACCUUGCAGUGUUGAGCCUCACAAGCGUUUUGUAUUUAUAACUCAUGUCAGUUCUUCGUGUGUGUUUAAAGCAAUAUGUAUACAUGAUUAAUAAAUGACAAAACAUUCACAAACAUGGAGAUGAAACAAAAUAACAAAGUAUUCCUGAGCUGUUAAAUGUGAAUGUCAUGUACUCCUGCUGUAGUAUGUCAGAAUGAAAAAAAAAUACAGCAACUGACAAAUUAGUUAACGUUCUAACUGCAAUAUAAAAUGUGAAAAGGAGAUUUUUUAUUUCUUUUUUGCUAUUUAGUCUUAAAAAAUACCUUCUGUGCUAGCAAUAAGCAUUUAUACUGUAUACUCUUCUGUAUUAUUUUUGUGUGGUUUUGUAUGUCUCUGUGUACUUCAAAUAAAUUCAGGUAAAUAAUAUACAACUGCCAUUUUUCAGCUUUGUCACUGUAGCUGCUUUUGAUGUACAUGAGUUUCUGAAAAAUCUUUUUAAUGUACCAACCACACGUAUUCAGCAUUUUUUCCCGAACUCUGCAGUUUUUGUUCCAGUUUUUAAUCAUGUAUAUAGUUAUAUGUUAUUAAAAAAGUAAAAGGAUAUGAAAUAUUUUCUAUGAAGUUUUUCCAUUAAAAAGGUUUAGAGAAAGA